AUGGAGUCCAUACCGCUGCUCACUAAACCUGUGACGGCAUUAAAUGGCCCCGCUCAAUCUGACUAUGAAAUCUACAACCCCAAAACAUUCUUUUCUUACCCUCCGAAUGGUUCUGGAUUUCAAACGGGUUUUCUUGGCGUCGGUCCUUCCAUUGUGUCUGGAGGGUUCCAUAUAAAGUACCCCAAAAAUCAACCGUUAAAAAUCUCCAAAAUAACUUUAUCACUGAUAGGUGGCGAGGUUUUCAGUUAUAGCAUGAUGGAUUCCGUGCAUACCGUAGACAAAAAAUUUUUCGAGUCUACCCUUGAUCUCUGGGAAAGUGCCGAUCAUCAAGACGAACCGAUUUCCGACUUGGAUCUCAGGUUCCGAUUUAGACUUGAUGAUGACUUACCACCCUCGCUUGCCUAUAACAACAUAGCCCACAAUGUGUCAACUUGCGGAAUUUUAUAUAUACUCGAGGCGACAUUAUAUAACCACCAGAAUUCGGUUCAAGGUGUGUAUAGAUCGAUCAAAUUAAAUUGUCCGAUCACGAGAUGGAAUUUGCCCAAUAAGAUUAAACAAUCAAUUGAAUUGAGCCAACUGAGCAGACCUGAAUAUAAUCGAAAGUGGAAUAUUUCCAAGGGCAUCGAUGAUAUCAUAUACAGUGCGAAUCUUGAUUACAAGUGGUACGCAAUAGGCUCCACCUUGGAGAUGCCCAUUGCAUUGGUACUUCCUUGCACUUCAAUGUCUGUCAAGGAAGUCCACGCUGAAAUCAAAGAAUAUCACGUGCUACAAGAUAAAGGUUACUGUGUGCACGUGACAAAACAAAAAGUCUUUUCAAAUACGUUCAAAGGGAAAGAAUUCUCCAAGGUGGAGAACACCAAAAACAAAUAUUUACUGACCCUAAAAUUAAAGAUUCCAUCGAAUAACAUCAUACCUGAUUUUGAUGAUGAUACACGAGAACUCAAUCAUGUCCAAUUGGUUCACCAGUUAAAGAUUAGGAUCAAAUUUGGCAGUUUCAAAACCUUGGUGCUGAAAAAGCAAAUCGCAAUUAAAAAUACCCUGGAUAAAAAGAAACUUUGCUGGGGAAUAAAGAAUGGUUUAAUCUAUUCGUAA